GAAUGAAUACGCGGCUGUCUAAAUACUGGCUGCACUCCGAAUUAAUCAAUGACGCUGAACAACAUUCUAGAACCUUCUAGAACUUUCUAGAACUCUUUCUACCAUAGUGGCCACGCAAUAUGCAACUUGUCAUGUGAACAUUGCCGUACGUUCAUCAGAUUCAUGAGAUUCAAUAACACGUGCUUUGGAAAGACAGACGCACUAAUUUCAAAAUGUGUGCACAUUUUUUAUUUAUAAAACUAUGACGUUCAUUCAAAACAACGUUAUUAUGUCCACAUCGGCACUGAUUGCUGUUUUAACUUCAUUAUUUUAUACUUAUAGCCAAUUAUCAGUUCCAUCAAUAUAUGCUUGUUUUCGACUUAUCGCAUACAAAACUAUCUUUAUUUUUCACAGCUCGUAUCCACUGCUGGAUAUGAUUUAUCAAAACUUCACGUUUCCAAAGUUUGCCAGAUCUACUUCAAAUUUUUUUGAAAGCUAUAUCACGUGUUUGCAUAGUAUUCAUCACACAACUCCGAUUAAUUUUCUCCCUCUAAAGCUGUAUCCGCUUUCUUUUAUUUUUACAAGAUUUCCCAAAUUGGUUCUUAUACAUAGAAGGUGCAGCCAUGCUCCCACUUAUGUUUCUGUUCUUGCUGUCAAUUUUUUUCUGUGCAAAUAGUGCAGGGCUUCGGAACGAUGGAAAAUAUCAGAAGGACAGAGCUUCUGCAGCAGAGAACCAGUUUGGAGCUCCAACUCAUUCCUCACACCCACUCAGAUGCGAACAAGGUCGGAGUCAAUCUGGGUUCUGGUGGAUCUCCGGGCACUAUCACCCAGGGUACAAUGGGUCGGAGUGUAAAAUGAGUCUCUACACUCCGAAACUGACCACGCCCAGUGUGGACACAUCGGAAAUGCGGAUGACGAAAGAUGUUGGUAAUGGGUCCAUUUGUUUGGAAAGGAUCCAAAUUCAAAAUGGAUCGAAAGAUCUCUCCAAUCUCAAGGGACUCUUCAUUGAGUUGACGAUAGAGGGAAAUGAGAGCCCAGAAGGGUGGUGGCCUAUUCUGUUUGAACAAACUCAGACCGAGUUUUUGUUCACUCAAUCGGGCUUGACCUCUUCGAACUGGCUGGACAACCCAAUCUUCUGCCUCGAUUUGCCCAACUUCAACUUGACAGUUCAUUCAAAAAGCCAAUUGGUAGAGGCCAUGAUCUGGAUGAGUGAGCUGCCGAUCGACUUCUGGUCAGACCGUCUGCCCCAUCAGGCGAGAUGGGUCAUCGGAAACAUGGCCGACACAUCCAGCAGAUGUGAGGAGAGUUCUAUUUCUGAACCAGAAGUACCAGAUAAACCGAGAAGUGCGUGGAACUGGAUUGUGCUGGCACUGACUUUUGCACUCAUUCUCACAGCCGCUCUGCUCUACGAUUUCUACCGCCGUCGUAGAACACAAAAUGAGGUCAACCGGAUGACAGCGACAAGAAAUCCUGUACUGGUCAGCACCGAAUUGAUGCCAAUGUCGACCUAAAACCACACUCACACGUCACCUGAGUUAUAAAACAACUUUAAUAACAACUGCUUCGGCAAUGACUGCUAAAUUAAACAGAGAAAUUAAAUUUUAAUAUGGGAUAAUCAUAAAGUGCAGGUAAAACGCACAGUACAAAGAACUUAGAAAAUUUAUGUGAGCCUCUAACAUACUUCUCAAAAAUAUCCACGUAAAUCAGCAUUCCAGCUUUCGAAAAAAGCGAUGGGCUAUUUAUACUAGGUGGAACCUGAUCUAAACUACAUUUUAUGAUUGGAUAAAUUAGAUAUUUUACCAA